AUGGUCCUGCCGCAGGUGAAAUCUCUGCACGAGUGCGUCGACUACCACAAGGUCGUGGAGCCUUUCGUGCCACAACUCUACGAGCUGCCCUUGCGCUUCUGGGACAACAUUGGCAGCCUCGAUGGCAUCAAGUCGGUCUGCGUGACGACGAACCCGCUGGUGUCUGGCUUCUUCCUUGCCCUGGUCUUUGGGCUUCUCACUCUGAUCGCGUCCGAGGUCAAUCGCAACUACUCGCAGGUCGACCGCCUGUGGAGCAUCCUGCCGAACCUCUUUGUUGUCCACAUCGCCAUCUGGGCUCGUCUGGCUGGUGUGCCGCAUGAGCGAGUGGACUUGAUUGCCGCAUUUACAACCAUCUGGAGUAUUCGACUGACGUACAACUACUGGAGGCGCGGCGGCUACAGCAUUGGCUCAGAGGACUACAGAUGGAUGAUUGUCAAGGCGAAAACCAACUCAAUCCUUUGGUUCCUCUUCAACGUUGUCUUCAUCUCAUUCUUCCAGUGCAUUCUUCUGUUUCUCUUCUCUUGCGUACCAGCGUACGUCAUCCUACUGUCGUCCCAAUUAGAGCCUGGCAUCCAACCGGUUGAUCUGGUCUUUUUCGGCGUCGAGGUCCUUCUUGUCGUCAGCGAAUGGAUAAGCGACGGCCAGCAAUGGGCUUACCAAACCGCAAAGUACAAAUAUUACGAUGAUGAUGAGCUCACCCGUGGAUACACGUCAGCCGAACUGGAACGGGGCUUCGUCGCCAAAGGUCUCUGGGCAUACAGCAGGCACCCCAACUUCUUUGCCGAGCAGUCCAUCUGGUUCAUCCUCUACUCGUGGAGCUGCUUUGCCGCCAACACCCCGUACAGCUGGGCCGGCACCGGGGCUGUUCUCCUCGUUUUGCUCUUCCAAGGGUCCACCAAUCUCACUGAGAGAAUCACCGCCGGAAAAUACCCAGAGUACAAGGCGUACCAGAAGCACGUUGGCAUGUUCAUUCCCAAGACGCUGGUCCCUUACAGGACCCCGUCACCAAAAGUCAUCAGGUCGAGCGAUCUGGCUAGACGCGCGGAGCAGAAGCAGGUCGAGGCCAAGCAAGUCGAGGCCAAGCAAAAGGUCAAGAGAAGAAGCAAGGUUGAAAAGGACGAGUACUGA